GCUGUCUAUGACCUAUAAUCCCGCCUUUUACAAGGACCUGAAUAUACCAGAUUAUAACCCAAAUAGCGUUCCCUUUGUCAACUACAAUCCAAUGAAAGAACAAAAGCCGAUACCAUUCUCCGAGUUUCAGCCAAUCACAACAUCUGUUCCAGAGGCUCCUAAAAUGAAAGUGUUCAGUAACUCUGGAAGUGCUGGCAUCAAGUUCGACCCUAAAAUGGUAACACCUUCACCAUUUGAUUUAAGUGGAGUGAAGUUUAAUCCAAACGACCGAAAUUUUUUAAGAGGUUUCAAUCCCAACUCUUUUGCAAACAAAGUGCAACCAUUUCAGGUACAACAGGUAACAGCAUCAACGGCCGGACGUGACUGGGACGGUGGAUGGCCAGGUUUGUUGGUUAUGCAACAUGACAUUAACAAAGACGUUGUUUCAGUUAAUAAAUGUGAUGAAAGUGGUGGAGUAGUUAAAACAAAUGAGAAAGUGGAAUCGGGAAUAAAGUAUAUUGGAAACAACGGGAAAAACAGUAUCUUCAGUAGUUCCGGAAAAUCCUGGGAUGGAAGCUGGCCAGAGGGGGAUGUUAAAGAGUUCUCCUCAAAAGCCACGGAAUCAUGGAAUUCAGCGGUAGGCGCCAAACAAGACAAUAAAAACUGGAAAGACAAUUCAGGAGAUUUCUCGAAUAAAGCUACAGAUUCAUGGAACAAAGCACUGAAUCGGGGUAAAAAUCAAGGCACCAAAAAUGGACAGGAAGAAGUGGACGAGAUCAUUCAGAGAUUAAUAGCAGUUUUAGAAAAGUUGCGGUCAUAA